UCUUUAUUCGACGCAAAAGCAAUUUUUUUAAGAGCGUAUAUGUAUUUUAUUUUACUUGCCGAACACGUAUUUAUUCCCUAAAGCAACUGUAUCAUCUGUCGUUUUGCUUGGAUUUCGAUUAAAUUUUCAUAGAACUGACAUUGAUCCAGUGCUUUUUCUUACUACGUAGUUGACUAAGGUAUUCGAAAAAUGGGAAUUAAGAAAUAGAAAUAAAAUUCCAAAGGCAGACAUUGUUGGAAAAAAUGCUUAACAAUUACAUAAAAGUCUAUAAUUUACAUAUGUAUGGAAAUUAGAUGAAACUAAAGUAUAUAGUAAAUAAGAAAUUUUGUAUUCAAAUAUACUAUGGACAAUAAUGUAGCCUGCGGAAGUCAAAACGGGAACAACAAAAGAAAUAAAAUCACGGCAAGUGCAAUACCAGCGGCAGAGAUUAUUAACGGUGCAGCAAUAGCAGUGCCAACUUUGUCUCAGAAAAAUAGUAGUGACAGCAGUGCAAGCUCGUCAUUUUGGAAAAACAGCAGUCGAUUGGUACCAGGGCGUCCAAGUCCUAAGCGCAGUGACACCACUCAUCUUAGCCGCAAUAGCGGUGUUGGUAGUGGUGUAGGACGUGCUAGCGGUGCAGGUGAAGGGAUGGUAUCUACAUUUCGUGAUUAUCAGCAAUCGGUUAGCGAUGCAUGGGAUAUGGGUGAUGAUGAAUUCUGCAUAAUAUCAGGAGCAGCAGAAGUUGGAUCAUCAGCGAGUGAUUCGCGUAUUUCAAAAAAAGUCUCGCACACAGCGGCGUUAAAUGUCAUUGAAACGCAUCGUAAUUCAGCAACUAUUUCCAACGUAAGAUUUCCAGCAACGGAUUCAUCUACUAGUCUAAAAGUGAUAGCAUGUAAAAGCAAUACGAUAUCAACAGGAGUGCCAGCAGUGACAACGGCAGAGGAAUUGCUAGGUUCAACCAGUGAAACAAGUGAAGAAGCAGGGCAAUCGAAUGCUUCGAAAACCGACACUGAAGCAAGAAUAAAAAUUGUGCGCAAUUUCCAUGCCUAUCCGGGACGACCACAAUUGCAAAAGUAUAGUUCAAAUGCGCAAGAAACCGAAUAUGAGACCAAAAUCGAAAAAUUUCUAGUACUGCUGGAGUCGCCGCUUUUGGAUUUAAUAGCUUUAAAGAAGCUUAGCUGGUCGGGCGUACCAAAAAAUAUGCGUGCGGUUAGUUGGCGUCUACUGUCUAAAUAUUUGCCACCAGCAGGCGAACGUCGCAACGCGGUGCUCGAAAGCAAGCGUCAGAGCUAUCAGGACUUGCGGCAUAACUAUUUUAGAGUUGACAGUCCGGAUGAGUCACAACAGGAUACCUAUAGACAGAUACAUAUCGAUGUGCCACGUAUGAAUCCACAAAUAUCACUUUUUCAACAAAACCUCGUGCAGGAAAUGUUUGAACGUAUUUUAUUCAUUUGGGCCAUACGUCAUCCAGCUUCUGGAUAUGUUCAAGGUAUUAAUGACUUGGUUACCCCAUUUUUCAUCGUGUUUCUGCAAGAAGUUUUGCAACCAGGCACGGAUUUGGAAAAAUUUAAUAUAGGUACCCUAUCGGUAGAUAAACGGGACGCUAUUGAAGCAGAUUCUUUUUGGUGCCUCUCAAAGUUUCUUGACUGUAUACAAGACAACUACAUUUUUGCGCAGUUAGGUAUACAGGAGAAAGUUAAUCAAUUAAAAGAUCUUAUACAGCGGAUUGAUGGAAAUUUACAUCGCCAUUUGCAAGCACACGACGUAGAUUAUCUGCAAUUCUCUUUUCGUUGGAUGAACAACUUACUAACCCGUGAGUUACCACUGCAUUGCACAAUACGCUUGUGGGACACAUACCUCGCCGAGUCAGAUGGCUUUGCUCUCUUCCAUUUAUAUGUCUGUGCGGCAUUUCUAUUGCAUUGGAAAGAUAGAUUGAUGCAACAAAAUGAUUUCCAAGGUCUUAUGCUGCUACUACAAAAUCUCCCAACCGAAAAUUGGUCUGAUCGUCAAAUAAAUGUCUUGGUUGCAGAGGCGUUUCGUCUGAAAUUUACCUAUGCUGAUUCGCCAAAGCACUUAGAAGUGAAAAGUUGACACCAGCAGCAUAAAAAAGAAUAUAUUUAUGAGUACGAAACAUAGAUUUGAAAAUAAAUAGAAAUGCAGUUGUUCUGGUAGCGUUCAAAUGCUUAGUUAUUAAAAAAAAAAAAAAAACAA